UGCGAUCGACUCUCUCUGAGAGCAUUACCAAACUAGCGGUGUCAGAGUCAAUACGCGCACCGUGAUCAUGGCGUGCGUUACAUUCGUGUUCAAGCUCCUGUUAAUUCAACUUCUCAUCCGGGAACAUUUUUGUUUAAACGUGACGAGUUUAACUCAACCUUUGCAAAAUGUAGUGAAUCCUUUGCAAAAUGUAGUGAAUCCUUUGCAAAAUGUAGUGAAUCAAACGACGCGAGUUAUUACGCGGCCGCGAAAUUUAAUAAACGUGACCAACUUGGCGAACUUCACGUACACGCUGACCGCUCGCGCGUUAUCAAACUUGACCGAACAUGCCUACAACUCUACGCUAGGUACGCAAGAGUCCGACCAGCAAGUCGAUUGUUUCGGACUUGGAAGAACGAUCGCGUCGAGUCUGGAAAAUAUCUUCGUGAGCGAGCCGAAUGGAAGCAACGCGUUGGACGUGCGAUUUUUCAUGUCCUCGACAAAAGUGCGACGCCGCGUGCACGUGGAUAUUGGCGACCAGUUCGGAUUGGAGUGGACUGACUUUAGGAUUGAACGCAGGACGGUUUUUAUAGUUCACGGAUUUCUGUCGCACGGCGGGGAGGACUGGAUCAAGGAUAUGGAAAAGGCGUUCCACGAAUGGGAUGAUGUUAAUGUGGUGGUAGUAGACUGGAGCGCCGGCGGUAAUACUUGGAAUUAUUACAAAGCAGCGGUCAACACUAGAAUAGUAGGAUACCAAAUUUCCAAACUUAUAGAACACAUAACAAAUGCCACAAUUAACGACAAAGGGUCGGACACGAGAAACUGGGGACCUCUGCAUCUGAUAGGGCACAGUCUCGGCGCUCACAUUUGCGGAUUUGCCGCUAAAGAGCUGACGAAAAGACGGAACAAAUGGACGGUGAAGAGAAUCACCGGAUUGGAUCCAGCGCAACCAUGUUUCAACAAUGCUGAUCAAUCCGUUCAUUUACAUAAAGAUGACGCUCCGUUCGUGGACGUGAUACACACGAAUGGCAGAUUACUCACGAGUCUGGGUCUUGGCUUACCCGAAGCUCUGGGUCACAUGGAUUUCUAUCCAAACGGCGGUAAAACGCAACCUGGUUGUGUAAAAACGGACUCGUCAUAUUUUAGUUAUUUGAAAAUUCCCAAAGACGUGAUACAAAAAGCAAUAUGUAGUCACGGGCGUUCUUAUCUCUAUUUCACGGAAUCCUUAGCAUCCGCCGCUAUGCUUAACUGCAGUUUCUGGGCGCAUCGCUGGGAUUUGACGUACGGAAGUUUUGUGCAACUAAUUAACGAGCCGUGUGACAGAAAUAUUUGCACGGAAAUGGGUAUCAAAGCGGAAAUGUACGAUCAGCGAGGAACUUUCUUCGCAACUACUGCCAGUACUCGCCCAUUUUGCUCUAACAGCACUAAUGUCAUAGAAGAGGUGAAGAGACAGAUGCGGUCGGAUUAUAGUGAAAAGACAAAGGAUUAAAAAAAAAUAACGUCAAUCAAUGCGUAGACAACUUGAUGUAAUAGUAAAUAAAUGCUUUAUCAAUAUUA